AUGGCUAAGGCAAGGGAUGCCCUUCAAAUGCAUUUGAUGGUCAAACUACGCAAUGACUUUGGUAAUUCGAAGAUAGGCUGCCGGGCAAACACCGCUGGGAAUACCAUCAUCAGCAAGCUGAUUGGCGAUAUCACCAUCAAGUCAGGCAAGAAGAAAUCGCGCCCCCUCAAUGCAAUGGAGGUUUAUGCCAAGAAGUAUUAUGCAUCGCGUGUCCAGCCUGCAGUCAAGGAGGAACUCGAUGCCAUGAAGAACACAGUUGACGCACCUGAACCCAAAAAGCGGGUGAUUCAGGUUGUCUGCAAACAACUAGCAUCCUGCUGGGAGAAUGAAAGUGCGCAGGUGAAGGAAGAGGUCACGAAAUUGGCCCAAGAGAUGAAGGAAAAGAGGGAGAAAGAGAAAGAAGCCCUGAUGGUAGGCAGGGUUAUAUGCAGACUUACAGAAAUACUGUCCACAUUUUUCACCGAGUUACAUGAUUCAACGGGAUGGAAAUUCAGUGUCUUACUAGCUGGUCCUGACCCUGCGAACACCGGCAAACUCGAUGUCAGUAGCCUGCAUAUUGGAAUGACCCUUGCUGGCAAUUGGUUCAAUCAAGCAUGUCUGAAAUUCGAGGAGAGUAUCAUGGUGCCUUACUUUGAGUUUGCAUCUCAAGCAUUUCCUGAUCAAGAUGUAGCCAAUGCUGCAUUAUUAUUAUCAAAGGGAACCACCACGCCUGACCAGAAUGAUACAUCACUGCCAGACACACAGGCGCUGCCAGCCCAUAACUCCCAUAACUCCGUCACAGCUGAUAUAUCACUCGCUACCAUCUCUUCCGCAUCCUCUUCCACACCUGAUACAUCACUCAUAACUGUCUCUUCCGUGUUCACUUUCACACUCAAUACAUCAUUCAUGGCAUCAGUACCAUCCUGGUUGCAAUCCGCUUACAACUUCUUCCAAUUUGCUCCCCCCGAUCUUCAAGAUGACAAUGUUGAUCUAGACUUCAACAGUACAAUCCUACCGAUGCCACCCAACUACAAGCCACCAUCUCCGUUAGCUCCCCCUUCUCCAAUACAGUUUUCGUCCACUUCCUCUGGAAUGGAUUGGUUUGCUUCUUCGAGAUUAUCUCCUCCAACUUCCACCUUGAGAUUGGCAGACCUUAAUUCUGCUGGUCCCUUGGGACACGACUCUGACAACGCCCUCACAACUUUGCAGAGCCAAGUGUCUCCUCCUUGUCUUCGCCGUAUAUCAUCUGUCCUCACAAAAACUACAAAUGCCAAUCCUUACGCUUCUGCCCCAUACAACAAUCCCAUGGCAACUCCUACUCUCGUGCAUUCUCCAACUUCGUUGUGCCUGAACCUCCCACCAUGGAACCUAUUAUGGCCACUCCUUCUCCGCCCGCCAUGGUUGGUGGGGUGUUACCAGUGA